AUGCAGAAACCAGAGGAGAGAAAUGAAACCAUCAUUACAGAAUUCACCCUUCAUGGCUUUGGAGACCUACGUGAUCUGCAAAUUCCUCUCUUUGUGGUGUUUCUAGUUAUUUACAUCAUGACUAUAGUUGGGAACCUGAUCAUUGUUGUUCUAGUUGUGAGAGUUCAGCACCUCCAUACCCCCAUGUAUUUCUUCUUGGGCAAUUUGUCUUGCUUGGAGAUUUGUUACAGCUCAACCAUCCUCCCUAGAAUGCUGGCCAGUUUCUUAACUCAGAACCAAGCUGUGUCUAUUUAUAGCUGUUUUCUUCAGUUAUGGGCUUUUGCGGUUUUUGCGGCUGUAGAAUGCUAUCUCCUGGCAGCAAUGUCUUAUGAUCGCUACUUGGCAAUUUGCCGACCCCUGUACUACUCCACACUUAUGAAUCUCAAGAUUUGCCUUCGGCUUGUUGCUGGAUCUUGGAUUGGCAGCUUUGUGAUAAACACAGCCUCAUUUCUCUUUAUAUCACAGUUAUCCUUUUGUGGCCACAAUGUCAUCGAGCAUUUCUUUUGUGAUUUCACUCCAUUGAUUAAUCUGGCCUGCAGUGGCGCACAACAAGUUAAACUGGUAUCAGCCAUUCUGGCUUCUUUUGCUACCCUGCCACCAUUCAUUCUGACCGUAACAUCAUAUGUGUAUAUCAUUGCUGCCAUUCUUCGAAUCCCCUCCGCCACAGGAAGGCAAAAGACCUUCUCUACCUGCUCUGCUCACCUCAUUGUGGUGACCAUUUUCUACGGCACCCUAACCAUUGUGUAUGUUUUGCCAGAUACCAAUGAACUGAAAGAACUGAACAAAGUGUUCUCUGUUUUUUACACCAUCUUGACACCUUUGGUCAAUCCCCUCAUAUACAGCCUGAGGAACAAAGAAGUGAAAGAAGCCCUGAGAAAGUCAGGUAGCCAAUUUUGUAAUUCACAUAAGAGUGCAUUGACCUCUUGUUUUCAGAUCUUAUGA